UGGCGGAACUAUUAAACGAUAUAAAGAGAUAGUGACCACUAUAUGAAACUGUAAAGACCUAUUCGUUUACGGUUUAGUUAGCAGUGAAAAGCUAGUUCAUGUUUUUACCAUUUUUUUAAUGUACUUGCUCAGUUGGUACGCACCAACAUUCAAAACAGCAGCUACCACAAUGCACUGCGCUUAGGGUGUGUCGUAAAACUUGAUCCGGUAAGAAAAGAGGAGAGGAAAGUUUUUAUCAAACAACAAAACAAGUCUUUCAAGUAGCUCGCUGUUUGUAGAAAAUCUGAUUUAGGUUUAGCCAUUGGUUUUCGUUCUACUUGGGACUGUGAAAUUCGUAGAGUUUAUCUGCUAUAUAACUCACCGUUGACAGAUAGCUAGCUAGCCUAGUAACAUAGAUGGUAAAAACACAGAACUGGAUACAGCAGAGAUGGUAUCAAUCAACCCAGUGGACUCUGAUCCGGUACUCGGGAUCAACGUUGUGGUGAAGGAUGAAGACGGAGAGGUAGUGGAUUAUUUAGCUGAACCAAGGCUGUCCUGGUGUGUGAAAGAGGAACAAGAAGAGGUACCGUGUCACCUAGAAGAACACGGUGGAUGUAUAGACCAGGCUAUAGACCCUUCAGAAUCACUCCAGAAGAAUCAGCGGAGUCACACCACUGAAACCAACUACCCUUGCUUAGCCUGUGGGAAGUAUUUCUACAACUCAUCAACCCUGCGGAGACACAUGCGUACUCACACAGGAGAGAGGCCUUAUCACUGCUCUGAGUGUGGGCGGAGCUUCAGUCACUCUGGCAACCUGAGGAGUCAUCAGGUGAUCCACACAGGAGAGAGACCGUACCACUGUCUGGUCUGUGGCAAGAGCUUCAGUCAGCCAGGAGGCCUGGCCAAGCACCAGAGAACACACACAGGAGAGAAGCCAUUCCACUGCACUUUCACAGAGUGCGGCAAGAGUUUCUCCAAGUUAGAACACCUACAGAUACACCACAGGACUCACACAGGAGAGAAGCCUUACCCCUGCUCUGCCUCUGACUGUGGAAGGAGAUUCUCCAACUCAGGCCAGCUGAUCCAACACAUGCGUACUCACACAGGAGAGAGGCCGUACCACUGCUCAGAGUGUCUGAAGACCUUCUCCCACCCAGGAGCUCUGAAGGACCACCAGAGGAUUCACUCAGGAGAGAGACCCUACGUCUGUGCUGUCUCGGCCUGCGGUAAGACGUUUAUAAACUCUGGGGCUCUGAAAAAGCACAGCCAAACCCACACAGGGGAAAAACCUCACUGCUGCUCUGACUGUGGGAGAGGCUUCUCCCAGCUGGCUCACCUCCAGGCUCAUCAGAGGACUCACACAGGGGAAAGACCCUAUCAUUGCUCCCUCUGUUGGAAGAGCUUUAUCCAACAAGGGCAUCUGGACAGGCAUAGACGCAUCCACCUAGCAGCGGACACACCUGGAGAUCAGUUAUCCCCUAGCAUCAAUCCAGAUCAGCACAUCAGACCGAUAGAUGAUUCACCUGAGGUCUUUGAUGAAGAGACUGUACCAGAACAACAUGUACAUCCUGAAUUAAUGAGUCACCUUGAAUGAUUGGUUUGAUUGCAUAAUUCCAGACAGUGUCCAUUUUUACACUGUUUCUGCUUGUAUCUCACUGCUGCAUAAAACCAUUGGUGUUAUUAUUCUGUCAAAUAUCCUGCAAUACAUAAUGGGGAUGGAUGGAUGCCUCAGCUAAACACAACAUUUACACACUUUAGUGUUUUCCCUCUCAGUGAAUGUUGAACGUUUCAUCGCAGUCUAGUUGAUAACAGCACGACUGUAUGUGUUGAACAUGUACAUGCUCUCAUAAAACAGGAGUCGAAUGAGUUGUUCUACUCUCAACCUUUGUUUAAAACAUGGAUUUAAAAUGAGAUAAUAUAAUGCGUUGAGUUUAAUAGUAUUUCAAAUACUAUUAUGAGUGAAAUGCAAAACAAACUGCCUCAGCUGAUCAGAGGGAAAGAUGUGAUGCAAGAGGCUUCUAAUAAUGAUGUGAUGCAAGAGGCUUCUAAUAAUGAUGUGAUGCAAGAGGCUUCUAAUAAUGAUGUGAUGCAAGAGGCUUCUAAUAAAGAUGUGAUGCAAGAGGCUUCUAAUAAAGAUGUGAUGCAAGAGGCUUCUAAUAAUGAUGUGAUGCAAGAGGCUUCUAAUAAUGAUGUGAUGCAAGAGGCUUCUAAUAAUGAUGUGAUGCAAGAGGC